CUCAACACUCAGCAGACGGACGCAUCCGUCCUCUGCCGUACUACUUCCAAAACCACAUUUCACCAUGACACAAGAAGACAACCCCAGCUCAGCCUGACGCGCGCAGUGUUUGCCAAACAGCCUUCACAGCAUCCCAGCAGCACCAAUUUCCAACUUUUUUUUUUCUUUAAUCAUUCCCCCCUGCUCCCUUGAAACCCCUCCCCUGUACUUUUUCAUCCGUUCCCGGGAGAUAAGUCAGUUCCCUGGAAAGGAGGUUGAUCGCUUUUUUUUCCUCCUCUUCGGGGAUCAGCAUGGAUGUGGCAGCGGUAGAGGGGAUGUCUCUGCCGGGUAUCCGACUCCGGAAUCGGCCGACGCAAGUGAUGCCGAACCAGAAAAAGGUCAAAGCGAGGCGGAAAAGGCGAAAGGAGUUGGUUUUAAUCCAGAUAUGCUUGUUUGGCGGCUUGCUGCUGGUCGUGAAGGGGCUUUCCUACUUAGCGGAAAAUUCAGGUUUUGACAUCUCCAGCCAGAGCAGUGAGGACCAGGAGAGAUGGGGAGGAAGGAGGCUACUGCAGGAAAUGGACAACAGCAGCCUGGAGGAAAUGGAGAGUGAAGGAUCUAAGAACUGCACUGCUCCAGCUCUGCACGAGUUCCCUACAGACCUGUUCACACACAAGGAGCGAACAGAGGGAGCCGUGGCCCUACAUGUUCUGUGUACCAUUUACAUGUUCUGUGCCCUGGCUCUGGUGUGUGAUGACUACUUUGUCCCCUCUCUGGAGAAGAUAUGUGAGCGUCUCCAGCUCAGUGAAGACGUAGCAGGUGCUACCUUCAUGGCCGCCGGCAGCUCGGCUCCUGAACUCUUCACAUCCAUCAUAGGGGUUUUCAUCACCAAAGGUGACGUGGGCGUGGGGACCAUCGUGGGCUCGGCCGUCUUCAACAUCCUGUGCAUCAUCGGUGUGUGUGGCUUCUUUGCCGGCCAGGCGGUGAAGCUCUCUCACUGGGCUCUGCUCCGAGAUUCCAUUUAUUACACAUUCUCUAUCACGGCCCUCAUUGCGUUCAUCUACGAUGAGAAAGUGUGCUGGUGGGAGUCUCUCGUCCUGAUUCUCAUGUAUGCAGUCUACAUCCUCAUAAUGAAGUUUAACGGCAGGGCACAUCGCUAUUUUGACCGUCGAAAGAAGAGCUCCGUGAAUCUGGCCAAUGGGCUGACAGGAAGCACUGAUCUGGAGGAUAAUGUCACAUGUGAUGCAACUGCAGUCCUGCUCAAGAAAGCUAACUUCCACUGUAAGCCGUCAGUGCUGAUGGUGGAUGAGCUGCUGUCUGCGUACCCACACCAACUGUCUUUCUCCGAGGCCGGCAUGAGGAUCAUGAUCACCAGUCACUUCUCUCCCAGAACCCGCCUCACCAUGGCCUCUCGCAUGCUUAUCAACGAGAGGCAAAGACUGAUCAACACUACAGAGACCCGAGUCAACCGCAUCACCAAUGGCGACUCGGACUCAGCGGCCAGGUCUCAGGGAAGGCGGGGCUUAGAGAAUGGGAUGGGCGGGGCUGAGCAGAGUGUGAACGGGAGGUGCAGACUUCAGCGGCUGGAGUCUGGGAACGAGACAGAGAAUGAAAACGAGGACAAUGAGAACAACGAGAACGAUGAGGAAAGAGAGGGAGAGGAUGAUAACGGAGGCCCCCUGGUGCCAUUCAAAGUUCCAGCUGGAGUGUGUAACAAGGUGAAGUGGCUGACCAUGUGGCCCCUGUCCCUGCUUCUGUUCCUCACCGUGCCCAACUGUGCCAAGCGCCGCUGGGAGAGGUGGUUCAUGGUGUCCUUCUUCACCGCCACCAUCUGGAUUGCUGGCCUGUCGUACAUCAUGGUCUGGAUGGUGACUGUGAUCGGCUUUACUCUCGGCAUACCUGAUGUCAUCAUGGGCAUCACCUUCCUCGCAGCAGGCACCAGCGUUCCAGACUGCAUGGCUAGCGUUAUCGUGGCACGGCAAGGUCUGGGAGACAUGGCCAUCUCCAACUCCAUAGGCAGUAAUGUGUUUGACAUCCUGGUGGGCCUGGGCCUGCCCUGGACGCUGCAAACGCUCUGCAUUGACUACGGCUCCAUCAUCCAUCUGAACAGCAGAGGUCUCAUAUUCUCUGUUGGACUCUUAUUAGCCUCAGUAUUCUUCACAGUUCUCGGUGUCCAUUUAAACAAGUGGACUCUGGAUCGGCAGCUGGGCCUGGCCUGCCUCAUCAUGUACGCCAUCUUUCUGUGCUUCUCCGUCCUUAUCGAGUUCAAUGUGUUCAUCUUCGUCAACCUCCCCAUGUGCCGAGACAUCCACUGACCUCCCUCCUCUUCCUCUUCUUCUACUUCUCCCUCUGGCUGAAGGAGGAAACCUCACCUGGCUUCCAGUUUCUUGGCGCCUUGGAACCAAUUCCUACCUUUUAUUUUUUCAAAUAGAGAAAUAGAGAUCUUUAUGAUUUAUCUUUGGUGCAAUACACACAAGAGUGAGGACACUGGAGGUUUUUGUGGGGACCGGAGAGGUGGCGCGAAGAGAAAGUCCCAGCAGCAGAGAUUGCUGCCAAUCGUCGAAUGAACCAAAAGGUCGGCUGGAGUGAACUUAACUGUAAUAACACCGACAGUUAGGCUACUGUUGGUGAAGGAGCUGCUACUGUAACUGACUGACUGACUGACUGGAGGAAAGAGAGAAAUCCUGCGCUAACAGCGAUUUUUAGCUGGAUUGUUUGUUACUCUUUGUACAAGUUUGGAUAUAAGCACACGAUUAAGGUAUUUUUAAGUAAAAACUGGCUUUUUCUGUAUAUAUUUGAGGAUUAUAUAAGUACUAAUAUUAGCUGAUAUAUGGGACUCUCUUAUGCACAACUGGAUCAGUCUUGCAAAGCUGAACGAUCCGAUGACAGUGACAACAUUGUAUGUUUUACUUUAGCGAUUCGGUCUGCCAGUUAACACACUCAAAACGCUUCAACGUGUCUCCCGUGCUCAGUACCAGCUAACAUAGCAUGCUGUGCUAGCCACAAGCCAACCCUAGCUUUUCACUGACAGAGAGAAUCUAGCUAUUUAACACUAUUCGCAUAGAGUCUAUUCUUGUUUGUUUUAUUUGUCUCUCUACAGGCAUAUCCAAGUAGAUGUGGGCUUUAUUGUUCCGUACUGAAACCCGCAUAAGAAAGGGAUCUCCCUGGAACUGAUAUCCAGCACUGUCACUUUAUGGAUUAGAGAUAUUAUUCUACCAUUGCAAGGCGUCUACAGGUACUCUAAACAUGUAACUACUGAAGUUAAAGUUCCCUCUAGAUGGUAGACCUCUUGUGCUAUAUUAAAGAUUUAGUUUUUAGUCUCCGAGUUGAAUAUAAUGUUGUUACUUCUUAAAGCCAAAAGUAUUUUUAGAAUAGGAGUAAGAGUCGUAGAUAUGGACUUAAGAGUCAGCUCGAGUGCACUGUGUGUGUGUUUGUGUGUGUGUGUGUGUGUGUGUGUGUGUGUGUGUGUGUAGGGGUGUGUGUGCGCGCAAGUGUGUGUGUCACAAUCUUGAGGGGAACCAAGGAUACCACUGUUACUGGGAAGACAUAAUCAUGAUUUAUUUAUGAAUUAAUUUAUUCAAAGAUCAUGUCUAACCUCCAGUUUCAGCCCUUUGGGUCAUGUACAGUGUAUUAAAUGGAACGCUCUCCGCUCCUUGUUGACGGAGCUGUACAAUGUACUGUACCUAAUAUAUAAUCUAAGUACUGGAAACUGACUUGAUGUUGUUUAUAUUUAAGAACUUAGAACUUUAUAAUUUAUCAAUUUUGUAUAGUUUGGAAAGAUAUUGCCACAUUUGUAUGUUGUAUGCAAACACAGCGGUUUUUGAAGAUGAUGCACGGCCGGGGCUGAGUCGUCAUGGAGAUGUUGUGUUCCAGUGGGAUGUACUGAAAAUGCGAUCUUCAUCACUGGUCCUAACAUGCGUAUGCGUGUUGAAUUAGUGAUGUAAAAGAUUCACUUUCAGGUAAAAAGGAUAUUAAUGGCACGUGACCCUUUGAACACAGUGCUUGAACUCUUGUGCCAUCUCUUGUAUUUGAGGCUUCAAAACCAACACUUGUGGCCAUUCUCCUGCUUGUAUUUGAGCCAAAAAAAAAAAAAAAACCCCACCUUUGUCAACAGUAUUGCCACUCUGUUUCAGCAUGUGUUCAAACAAAAUGUGGAAGAUAUGUAUUUUUAUUUUAUUUUAUUUUUACCGUGAAGGAUUUUCAUGUCAAUAGAAUUGUUGAUUAAUUAAAAGCAUCCUCUGUAGGCUUUAAUGCUCCUCCUGCAGCCACAAGAGAGCACCGUAGAGCCGUGUUACACCUUCAGAGAUGGCUGUUAUUGUAGGAAGUGGUUUGGGUAUAUUUUCAGGUAGGCUACAUAGAGACAAAUACUGGUUGGUUUGCAUGCCUCUUUCAUAAUUCAGAUUAUUUUGUGUGUAAUUUUAAUGCAUUUCCAAGAUCAAAAAGGCACUGUCUUGAUUAUGCUGUACAUAUCAAAGGGAUAUGCUAUUAUAAACACAGAUGAGCAGUUAUAUUUGAGAUAUAUACAGUAUUUAGAAUGUAGGCCUACAACAGGUUAGAGUUCAGCUAAUUAAUGUCAUUUUAUGCUCAUGUCUUUUGAAUUGUUUGUAAAUCCUCAUUUUUGUUGAUGAGGACCUCUGGGCAGAGCUCAGAGUCAGAGAGAGAUACAGAUGUUGGCCUUGUUCCCAGUGGUCUUCUUGCAAUAAACUGAUUUACAUACACAUA